AUGAUGAUGUUUCCAUAUCGUAUUCUAUAUUCAAUUUUUAUCAUCAAUUUAUUUGUUUCCUAUAACCCAACAUUAUGCGAAACAUACAAAUAUACUAGAGAAUAUCUUCUCAACAGUAAACUUUUUAGCCUUGAACCACCACAAACUGCCUUUUCUCUUGACAUUCAACCCAUUAGUUAUCCUGAUAAAUGCAAAUUAAAACAAAUACAUUUGGUUUCUAGACAUGGAUCAAGAUAUCCAGCGCCGGAAAGUAUAUUAGCUUUUGACGAAUUGGAAAAAAUAUUUGCUAAUGUUUCUGUUGCAAAAGAAUGGUAUAAAAAUCCUUUCCCCAUGAGUAAAAAUUAUCUAUUGACCAAACGGGGAGAAAUAGAACCUUAUUUUGAUGGUUUACAAUCUCGUAAGCGAUACGCAAAAUUUUGGAAUGGAGUUGAAUAUGAUCCCGAAGUUAUAAAGUUUCAAAGCACUCAAAUUUCAAGAACCGGUGCGUCGAUGAUGUCGUUUUCUCAAGGAUUGUUUAAUCGCAAGGGUCCUUUAGACACUUGUAAAAGUCAACCCAUAUAUUAUUGGAAUUUACCACUGAAACAAGAUGAUAUAUUACUUAUGUAUGACGCCUGUCGACGUUGGAACGAGACCGUUCUUGCAAGUAAUAAAUUACUUGAACAACGCUAUGCUUACGGUAACACGACACUAACCCAAAUUUCCAAGUCACUUUCCGAAAGAUAUCAUAUAAGUCCACCACUUGAUCCACAUCUAGUACCAUAUAUUUUUCUUAAUUGCCAAUUUUGGCUCACGGUUUUUAAUCGAACCGAUGCAUGGUGUUCACUAUUAAGUCCUAAAGAACUUUUACUAAUACGAUAUCAUAAUGAUAUAAUCUUUUAUUAUCAAUAUUCUUACGGUCAUCCUCUUAAUACACGACUGGGCUGUAGAUAUUUCACUCAGCUUGUGAAUGGAGUUGAAGAUUAUUUAAAUGGUAAUUCUAGUAUGAUUGCUGAUCUAAAAAAUGCUCAUAGUUUUACAAUGUAUGUUAUACUUACUACAUUGGGAGUAUUUAAAAACAAGUACCCAGUCUCGGCAGAUCUAACUUACGAGCAAAUUAAAGAACUCGAGUAUACACAAGAUAGGACUUUAUACUGGUCUUCUACACUUUAUUUCGAAAUUUAUAAGUGUUCCGAUCGCGUAUUGAUACGAGCGUUGCUCAAUUUUAAACCAUUAUUGAUUCCGGGCUGCGAAAAUGAAUAUUGCGAAUGGAACAAAUUUAAAGAGACUCUUGGUGAUAAGAUUGGAUGCGAUUUUGAAAAGAUGUGCGCUUAUCCUUGA